CAAGAAACCAGAUGCUAGGAAGCACCUCAGCUGGGAUGAGAAAAGGUGUUAGCAAAAUCCAUGGCCUGGAAAGUAUAAAAUCAUCGAAGAUGGUAUAUCUCCAGCCAGAUGUUCUAACACCCUCUAGGAAAGAUGUCCUUGUCAUGACCCCUUGGCUGGCUCCCAUCAUCUGGGAGGGGACUUUCAAUUCUGCCAUUCUGAAUGAGCAGUUCUGGCGACAGAAUACCACCAUUGGAUUAACUGUAUUUUCUGUAAAAUCAUACGUGAUCUUCCUGAAGCAGUUCUUGCUGUCUGCAGAGAUGUACUUCAUGGUGGGACACAGGGUGAACUACUACAUCUUCACGGACAGGCCAGACUAUGUUCCUCAUAUUAACAUCCAAAAGGGAAGGCAGAUAAUCAUCCUCACCGUCCGGAGCUAUGCCCGUUGGGAGGACAUCUCCAUGCACCGCAUGGAGGUAAUCAGCAAUUUUUCCCAGCAGCGCUUCCACCGGGAGGUGGAUUACCUUGUGUGUGUAGAUGUGGACAUGAAGUUCAGUGACCACGUGGGCGUGGAGAUCCUCUCCCCCUUGUUCGGCACCCUGCAUCCUGGCUACUGUGGGCUCAGUCGGACCGACUUCCCCUAUGAACGUCGGCCUCAGUCACAAGCCCAUAUUCCUGAAGAUGAAGGGGACUUUUACUACACAGGGGCCUUUUUUGGGGGAUCAGUGGCAGAGGUUUACAGUCUCACCAAAGCCUGCCACGAUGCAAUGAUGUUCGACAGAGUCAACCACAUCAAGGCCACGAGGCAAGGUGAGAGUCACCUGAACAAGUAUCUGCUUUACCACAAACCCUUCAAGGUCCUCUCCCCUGAGUACCUGUGGAAUCACAACAUGCUGCAGAAUACCUGGGAUCAGCAGGUGGUAAACUUGUCUUCCAACAUAAAGUGUUUUAGAUUUGUGACUAUGGAAUAAUCACCAGGAAAUCAAGACUUAUCAAAAGAAGUUUCUAGAAAGGACUAGGGUGAUGGUGA